AUGGAGAACAGUAAUAACAGUAAUAUUACUGAGAAUAGUUUCACCACUUUUAAUCGAGAACAAAAGUCCUUGGAUAAGAUACACGCUCAAAUCCGAGUGAUUUUAGAAUCACAUGCCAAAACGACAACAGCAAUAAUGGAACUUUGGAGCAUGCUUGGCGAAGCCACUAAAUCGCCGAUCAUCGAAUCAUCCUCAAAUGAUGAUAACAAUAACUAUUAUGAUAGAUUUGCGAAUGCAAGUAAAUCUGAAAUUUCAGAAAAUGAGGAAUCCACUGAAAAUGCUUUGAUACCUGAACGGCAUUACGCUGAAGGGAGAACUCGCUCCAACUUUUAUCACUUGAGAAAAGAUGAUGACAGCAGAAUGACCACUGACACCACAAAAUCCAAGCAUUCUGCGUCCGUUAAUCAUCAUAGAAAGAGAGGAAGAAGUUCUAAGGUUGUUGGUUCCUCCAAAUCCUCACCAUACACCACAACAAAUCCUAAUAAACGAAACGUCAGCGCCAUGCUAAAUCCUGAGACUGUGGUGAAUCAACAACUUCUUGAUGAUUUCAAUGCUUGCUUUAAUCGUAGAUUAGCACAAGGAUCUGUUUCACAAACAAAAAUCGCUCAAGAGAUUUCUAAAUUUGUAAAAGAUGAAACCUUUCACGUGCAUCAAGUCGAUGUGUCGAAUAUGUGUAAAGGCAAACUUCCGGCCAGUUUUAAACAUGAGGCCCUGAGAAACUGGAUUUCGGCGCAGAAUGCUGAGCCAAUAGUGCUUAUCCAACAAGAGCGGGAACAAGAUGCGCAAGAUGAUCAACAGGAAACAUACACUGCUAACACUGCUAACAUAACACGAGACGACUUGGAUGAUGAAAUUAUUGAAAAUAAUUAA